AUGGCACCUCAACGCGAAACGGGAGGAAUGUCCGAUCUCACCAUCUCGGACAUUCAUUCCUUGAAGAGGGACGGGGCACUGGAUAUCCUUGCCAAGAUUUCACGCGUCGAGAAAAAAACCUUCCCCACUAAUGAAGCAUUCCCGUUCGGCGAAGAAUUAUGGAGGAAAAAGCCCAACACGCGGGUUCUGUACGCGACUCGAGCCAAGGGAUCGCAGUCAGAUCUGAUCGCCUACGCGGUCUAUGUCCGACAGAAAGGCGUCGCGCUCUUGCACAAGGUCUGUGUCACAGAAGCUAACCGCCGUCAAGGUGUGGGCCAGGAGGUGCUGUCCUACAUUCAGCAGCGCCUACGAAAGGAGGGCUGCCAGUACAUCCAACUCUGGGUAGAUGAGGCCAGGGAGCCUGCACGAGCCUUGUAUCUUCGCAGUGGGUUCGAGGAGCGCGAAGUAAUCCCUGAUUACUAUGCCCCUGGACGGACAGGCAUCAAAAUGGUCCUGGAUUUAGAACGUGGUGCUUGA